AUGCUUGGACCAUCCUAUUUCAAAGAAUAUAUUGGUUCUCAAGAAUCAUCAAUAAAAAAUGAAGCUCAAAAUAACCGUAAAGAAAAUUCCUUAGGUGAAUUUAUCGGAGUUAUUCACCCAAUCGAUGGGAGGAAAAGUAGUUGCAAUGAAAAUGAUUCUCGUGCAGAAGCACAACAUAGUAGCAACCUUCCAACUAAUCCCUCUACUAAAUCUACACUGAAUGAACAGGAAUCGAAUGAAAAAAUCGAUGACAUCUCACACGCUGGUCAUGAUGUCCCAGAACAAACAAUACAACAGGAUUCAACUAGUCUACUUCCGGAAAAACGUGAUGUUAUAAAAUUGGUGUUGGGUGAUUUGCAGAUUACGUUCAAUCAGUUAAGAUCAUACAGUACAGAUGUAACCAAAAGUGAAAUUGUUGUAGAAGAUUUAAGACAGCACAUUGCUUUGAAUGAUAACCAAGUGAUCAAAGAACAAACUAAAACCAUUGAUGAUAUUCAAGAUACUAGUAGUCAUUGGAACAAAGUGAGAAUUACUCAUAUUGAUGAGAGCCAAACAUCAAGCCAACAAUCAUUAUCCAGUGAUAGCAUAUCCCUAAAUUCACAGAUUACAUUGUCAUCAGACAGUGAUGAUUAUAAAUGUUACUGUACACAGUCAUUUGAUCGUCCAUGUAAUAUUUGUAAUUGUCGAAUCGAUGAUAAAUGCAUGAGAUGUCAAUUACUUAGUCUUUUAACUAAAUAUCUACCAUCAAAACCUCGUUAUGGUAAAUAUUUUGGAAAAAAUGAUAGAUCAACUGAAAUCAGACACUUUUGUACAAAUCAAUGCCAAUGUCGAAGAGAAUAUUGUUUUGACUAUUCAUUUGAACAUGAUCAAUAUUCUGAACUGAAACAAUAUUUAUCUCCACGAACUAUUGAAUUCAUAAAAGCCAUAGAAUAUCCUUAUCAGUUAGAUGAUUUAUUUGUGACUUCAUUGGAAAAAAGAAGCAAACAUCGAUCACCUUCCAGAAAACAACUCUCUUUAAGCUUAAAUGAUAAAGACGAAUAUUGUGAGCAGCGCAGUGGCUCUCAUCUGACAUCUAAUAACAUAUCACCAUGGUAUUCGGCAAUCUUACCAAUGAUACCGCAACCACAACUUAUAGUAGAACAUGUACCAUUUCCAAUGAUCAUUCCAAAGUAUCCUAUAACAACAUCGCAACCAAUGUUUUUCUAUUCUUUCCCUCAAACGAAUUCUUACGUACCUCCUCCUUUUUACCCUAACUAUACUACUUCACAAGUACCAGAACAAAUAUAUUAUGUUCUAGCAAACUAUCACCAUCCAUGACGUAUGAAAUUAAGUGUUUUUGUAAUCUUUUUUGCUAAUGUCCAUAAUUUUAACUAAGUG